UAUAGGUUUUUAUUCGAAUUCAACCCAAAAUUGACUUUCGUCAUUAAAACAACCAUUUGAAUUUGAACGUCAAUAAAUUAUUAUAAUUUUUUGAUUAUUUUCUCUUUUAAGGCAAUAUAAUGUAAAUUAAUGUAUAUUUAAAUUUUUAUUCUAGAUUAGAAUAAAUUUGUUUAAUAACUCAAAAAAAUGGAUGAGCCAAUAAUUAGUCAAAUCAAGUUUCUCCUGUUGGCGGUGUCCUUUGCUCUAUGGGCGUCGUUUUACAACACAGUGCGCCAUAACUUCCCCGAAAGGUCACCAAUGUCCUGCAAUCAUUAUGUGGCCGUGUUUUUCUCCGUUUUAUCUGUUAUAUUUUUGUAUCUUGCACCUGAACUGCAAAUGUGGUCAUGUGACGAUGGCACUAUACUCAAUGGAUGGUGGGAAAUAUUUAGUACUGUGGCUUUAAUUAUAAUUUGGGGAUACUUGGCUUACAGCUUGGUUUGGACCAUGUACUAUGGAGAAGAGAUUGUCGUUUACUCUUACUUUAUGAUAAGCCUUUUACUCAUAAACCAUUAUUUGUUCCUGAAAUCUUGCGGAAGGGAAGUUAUUAUCAAAGGAGUUUGUUUUUUCGAAUUAUCAAAGCCAAGCGCCCAGGCAAAGUGGCAUCUAAGAAAGCUGGGAGAGGACAAAUGGUUGGGUCACAAAUUGAUCGGAAUUUUCACGUAUAGUUUUCUGGUGUUAAUUCGAAUAAUUUUUGGAUCGUUAUAUAUGUCGGCUAUCGUUUUCAGUAAUUUUUACGAUAUAAUGGAUAAAUUGGUUGCAGCCUAUUUUUAUAUUUUCGGCAUUGUUGCAUUUCACAAUAUCGUGCCACUUUGCAGAGAAUUAUUGGACUCGGAAGAAGUUCUUGUUCAGUUGAAACCUAUUGAAAGUAAAUUGAAGAAAUUGUAAAAUUUUUGAAUAAUUAAAAUUGUAGGUUUUUUUUAAAUUUGUAUAUAUUUAUUUGACUAAUAUAUGUAUAGACUAGUAACAUACAUUUUCUUAUUAUAA